ACAAAAAUACUAACUCGUGUUCUGCGACUUCUGCGUGCAGAUUUCCUCCCUAUAUUUCGCUGAAAAGUUACACAUAAACAUGAAUUUACUACCUAAAAGCCACAAGGAAUUCAGUGAGAAGGAUUACUGGAAUAAGUUUUUCAAGAAACGCGGAAAUAAAGCUUUUGAAUGGUACGGCGAAUAUCUAGAACUGUGUUCACACCUGCACAAGUACAUGAAACAGACUGAUAACAUUCUUAUAACCGGAUGUGGUAACUCGAGUCUCAGUGCUGAUCUCUACGAUUUUGGGUUCACGAACAUUACCAACAUUGACGUCUCAGAAGUCGUCAUAAAGCAGAUGAACAACAUCAACGCAAAGAGAACUAAGAUGAAAUACCUUUACAUGGAUGCACUUAACACUAGUUUUCAAAAUGAGGAAUUCAAUGUUGUUUUAGAUAAAGGAACUCUAGACGCGCUCAUGCCUGACGAUUCGAAAGAAACAAAUGAGGCCAUAGACAAGUAUUUUAGUGAGAUAAAAAGAGUUUUGAAGCUUGGAGGCCGAUUUGUUUGUAUAUCUUUGCUGCAAAGUCACAUUCUAAAUAAGUUGCUGGCAACUUUUUGUGAUAAGUCCUGGAUGUUUAGAGUGGUGCGAUGCCAUGAGGCGGAGGAGAAAAAUGCAGAAAAUGGCGAUGGAACCACUUUGCCUGUAUUCGUUGUAAUUGCUACAAAGUUUAAAGAAAUGCCACAAUUGAUAGCAGAGGUAUGCCUGGCCGGAGACAAGAUGCUGCGUCUAAAGACGGCUGAAGAGCUCCGGGAGUGCAUCAAAUCUGUACAGGACACAGCAUUUGUGACCAACGGCUUAGCCAAAACUAGCCUUGAUGAUGAAGAGGUGUCCCUGGACCUGAUGCAGCCCGGGAUCGAUUCCCCGCGUUACACACUCUACGUGGUCGACCAGAAACGAUCGCAAGCCGUCAACAAGUAUGCGGUGUUCAUCGUGCCACAAGGCAGAGAAUCCGACUGGCUCUUCGGGACCCCUCAGGGUCGUCGCCAGCUCCAAGACUCGGCCCGUUUCGCGAGGCUGGUGGUGGCUGUGCUGCGUCGCGGACAUACCUUCAGCAAUCUCGACGCUGUUAAAGAGGAACUUGCGCAUUCUGCUAAAAUGCUGAUCCCGCACGGUUUUAGUGGACAGAUUCCGUUCCUGUCGCUCGGCAGCGAUGUCGGCCGCCGCGUCACCGUCCACUCGGGCUCCUCCAAACUAUCCGGCGACUACGUUAUAGAAGACGUGGACAUAGAUGGCGUCCCGUACCGCCGACUAGUGUUCAUGGACAACCAGUUCCUGGUGCAGAGCGAGGCUAAACUGAAAUCUGUAAAAAAGAAGAACAAAACGAAACUAGUGGUCGACUUCGGCCACAUCUCCCCCUACCACUCGUUCAUGUGCGUCGGCGCUUACCUCAACCCCCCCAAAAUGGCCGUCCUAGGCCUGGGAGGGGGGGGACUAUGCAUGUUCUUAAGAAAAUGCUUGGACACCGAAGUGACCGCUGUGGAGAUUGACCCGAGCAUGUUAGAAAUCGCGAAGGAUCAUUUUGAACUGAAACUGGAUGAGGGGAUGAAAGUCGAAAUCAAAGAUGGCGUCGAUUUUUUGAAGGACGAAGCCGAUAAUGGCACCCAGUACUCGGUGUUGAUGUUUGACAUGGACAGCAAGGACAGAACAGUUGGGCUGUCGUGUCCGCCGACACAGUUCUUACAGGACUCACAACUAGCCAGAGUCAAACAAAUACUUACCAACGACGGUCACUUCAUCCUGAAUCUCGUCUGCCGCGAUAACACACUUCACGACUCCAUUAUACAAGCCGUCAAACACCACUUCACGCACCUCAUCACCGUGAAGUUAUAUGAAGAAGUCAACGAAAUCGUCUUCGCGACCAAUGGCGAAGCGUACUCUAUUGAGAAGUUGGAGGAGGCAGCGAAAGGGUUAAAUGCUGCUUCCAGACAGAAAGGGUUAAAUAGGAUAAAGUGUGUGGAUUUGAAGGACUUUUUGCAGUCGAUUAGUAUAGUUUCGUAGUGUAUAAUACCAGAUGGCGCUAGUAGUAUAUAAGCUACAUUUACGAAUGUUUACUUAAAUCAUAUUGUUAUUGUAAAUAUAAGUAUAAUUAAUAAA